UUCUUCUGUUCUUCCUCACCAUCAUCGAUCCAGGGAUCUCUCUCUCUCCGGCUCUUCUCUGCAAACUCGAGCUGAGGAAUAAAUGCUGGAACCGCAAGAAAGCCGAACACAAGGGCAGAAAGAGCAUCAGCGUCAGUCGAACGAUGACAAUCAGUUUGAUCAACAUGUGAUCGUGAUGAGACAUGGCGAUCGGCUGGACAAUGCGGAGCCCUUGUGGUUCACAAUGGCACGGCGACCUUGGGACCCUCCAUUGGCUGAAACCGGAAGGGUCAGAGCCUUCUGCACUGGAAGAAAACUUCGUGAACGGCUCGACUUCCCUAUCCACCGAGUGAUCGUUUCCCCUUUCCUUCGUUGCAUCCAGACCGCUUCAGAGGUCGUCUCUGCCCUCUGCGCUGUCCACAAUAAUCAUAUCGAUAUGACCAGCGAAAAUGUUGAAAUCGAUCCAUCCAAGCUCAAGGUCUCAAUUGAGUAUGGAUUAUGUGAAGUAUUAAGUAGGGAAGCUAUAAGUCCUAAUUUGACUCCUAAAGACGGGAACUGGGGUUUCGAUAUCUCCAAACUUGAAGAGACGCUCCCGGCUGGGACAGUGGAUCACUCUGCAGAACAUGUGUACCAAGAGUUGCCCAAGUGGGAGGAGUCUUUGAUGGACGCAAGGGCUCGGUAUAAACAGGUUAUUCAUGCACUGGCAGACAAAUAUCCUCGGGAAAACUUGUUGCUUAUCACACAUGGGGAAGGAGUUGGCAUUGCAGUAUCUGCAUUUAUGAAGGACACAACUGUGUAUGAAGUAGAAUAUUGUGGAUAUGCACACACAGGAAGACAAAUAUCCUUCCAAUCUAACCAGACAUUUACUGCCAGCAACUUUGAGGUAUUUACAGAGACUAGUGAAUCUGGUAUCAGCUACUGCCCAAACAGUGCAUUGGCCCUGGAUGUAUGAUUCGACUCUUAUCAAGUUGAUGAGGUUUCCCCUGUGCACUUGGUUGCUGCCUUUAAGUCCUUCAUAAAAAGGAGAAUCCUAGAUUCUUCUCUAUAAUAGGAGAUCCAUGCUUCUCAUCAAUCAUCAUUCAUUUUUUCUGAAAACAAUUUCAAGAGAAGUAGGUUUUUUGCACGGACUAGUUGAAAGGAGAACUGAGUGGGAGUCAAUGAAUGGAUCUAAUUCUAUGCUUGUAAUAGAUGAGUUGUUGAUGCUUUGUUUGUUUUGUGAAAUUUGACAAAGUGUACAACACUUAUUUGCA